GCGCAAUGCUACCUUACGUGGCAAAGACAGCAGUUCGCUGUUGCACCAGUAAAUAAUUUUCUUUAUAAUUUAACUAAUAAUUAUUUGUGAAUACGUUCAAUUUUGUUAUGGUAAUUUGGAAGCGUCCAACAAUUUAUUAGUGAAAAAUGAAUCCACAAUAUAUUCAUCAACAACAGCAACCUCCAUUUUAUGGAGGUGCACAAAAUGCACCACCUUUUGGAGAGUUGAAUGCAAAUGUUCCUCCAAAUAUGUUAAAAGGGCCACAUAAUCCACAAACUUAUCCCCCUCAAAAACCAAUGGCUGGGCCACCGCCUUCUGGAAAUAUGCCACCAUUGCCCCAAGCUCCUUAUUACGAAAAUAAUCAAGGACAACUUUCGAACGCUCAGCAUGGUCUGCAUCCAAAUACACAGGCACCUCCUGUGAAUCAAAAUAAUUUAGUUAAUCAAAUGUCAAAUAUCUCCCUAGGAAAUAUGCAAAGGCCUCCCUCAUCACAAGGAUUUCCUCAUCCUCCAGAAAAAGGAAACCUCAUAUCAGCACCAUCAAAUGUGAACGGUUUUAACAAUCUCACAGAUCAUGUUCCUCAAGCAGCAGAAGCAGAACCAGGAGGCCCUUCCCUGGGUAAAACGACGCCCUCAUCCCAAAAUCAAGAUUCCCACCCGCCCAUGCAGGAUCAUCAAGGGCCUACCUCUCAAAGUCUUCCAUUCUCAGGACAGCCAUCCUGCCCAAGUCCUCAAUUUCCUGGUCAACAGCAGCAAAUGAGACAGCAAUAUCCUGGACAAACGCCUUUCAUGAGGCAACCUGGACAAGGACCUCUUUCCGGACAAAACAAUGUCCUUGGACAAAACAAUAUCCCUGGACCUCAAAACCAGUACCCUCCUUCCUCUCUUCCGGGUCAUAAAAACAUCUCUGUACCUCCAAUGUCUGGACAGAAUCUUGCUGGUCCCCCAGUGUCCGGACAACAAAACCAGCACUCACAGGAUCAUCCACACUCAGCCAAUCCAAUGACGGGCCAGCAGAAUUUUUCCGGACCCCCAAUUUCCGGUCAACAAAACUUUUCUGGUCAACAGAAUUUAACUGGUCCAAUGCCCGGUCCUCGAGUUGGACAGCAAAACUUAUCAGGACCGCCAUUGCCCGGACAACAAAACUUAGGACCUCCAAUGCCUGGACAUUUCUCUGGACAACAAAAUCUUUCUGGCCCUCCUCUGCCAGGACAACAACAAAAUCUUUCUGGUCCUCCUCUGCCAGGACAACAACAAAAUCUUUCUGGUCCUCCUCUAUCUGGACAGCAAAAUUUCUCCGCUCCUUCCAUUGGUCAACCGAAUAUCCAGCCUCAUUUAGCAGGUCCACAGUCCCCGGGAAUGAAUCAAUUUAGUCAAGGUCAGAAACAAUAUAUGGCGGGACCACCCUUGCCGGGACAGGCCGGAGGUCCAGUUGGAAUGAACCGCCAACAGGGAGCGAUGCCGGGAUAUCAACAGCAACAGCCAGGUUAUCAGCAAGGUUAUCAAAAUCCACCAGACAUGUACGCGAACCAGAGAAAUCCCUACCAAACGGGAGUUCCAGGAGCGGGUGGAUAUCAGCCAGGAAUGCAGCAGCAGCAGCAACAACAACAACAAGCGAGGCGACUUGAUCCUGAUCACAUGCCUAGCCCAAUUCAAGUUAUUCUAGAUGAUCAACGAGCACGCGGAGGUGUCUUCGCUACCAAUGAAAAGGGACUCAUUCCUCCACUGGUGACGACAAAGUUCACUGUCCAGGAUCAGGGAAACGCCUCUCCGAGAUUCGUGAGAUCGACGAUGUACACUGUUCCAACUACAACAGACAUAAUGAAACAAACCAGCGUUCCUUUCGGUUUGAUAUUGAGUCCGAUGGCGCGAGUCGAGGAAGGCGAAUACGAGCCACCAAUUGUAGACAUGGGAGAAAUUGGUCCUGUGAGGUGUGUUAGAUGCAAGGCUUACAUGAGUCCCUUCAUGCAGUUUAUCGAUUCCGGAAGAAGAUUCCAGUGCAUGUUCUGCAAAGCCACGACCGAAGUCCCUGCGGAAUAUUUCCAGCAUUUGGAUCACACUGGCCAGAGGAUGGACAGAUACGAAAGACCGGAGUUGAUGCUCGGGACUUAUGAGUUUAUAGCUACGAAAGACUACUGUCCCGAGAACAAAUUCCCGAAAUCUCCGGCCUUUAUCUUCCUGAUUGAUGUGUCUUACAAUACAGUCAAGUCUGGCUUGGUGAAUCUGAUCUGCGCCGAGAUGAAGAACAUCAUUCGGAAUCUGCCGAUUGAUGCGGGUCAACAGAGAACGAACAUGAAAGUUGGAUUUAUCACCUACAAUAACACGGUCCACUUUUACAAUAUCAAGUCUUGUCUUGCCCAGCCGCAAAUGAUGGUUGUCGGUGAUGUCCAGGAUGUUUUCAUGCCGCUGCUGGAUGGAUUUUUGUGCGACCCUGAAGAGAGUGAAGCGGUGAUUGACAGUCUUAUGGUUCAGAUACCAGCGAUGUUUGCGAAUACCCGCGAGACUGAGACGAUUUUGGCACCGGCGAUUCAAGCUGGUUUGGAAGCCUUGAAGGCGUCUGAGUGCAGCGGGAAAUUAUUGCUGUUCCAUUCGUCGUUGCCGAUUGCUGAGGCUCCUGGGAAACUGAAAAAUCGCGAUGACAGGAAAUUGCUGGGAACGGAAAAAGAAAAAACGGUCUUAUCUCCUCAGAAUACCGUCUACAAUCAACUGGGUCAAGAUUGCGUCGCAGCGGGAUGCAGUGUCGACCUCUAUAUUUUCAACAAUUCCUACAUCGAUCUCGCAACCAUCGGACAAGUUUGCAGACUGACGGGUGGCGAAAUAUACAAAUAUACAUACUUCCAGGCGGAUAUCGACGGAGAGCGAUUAAUCACAGAUAUCAUCAACAACAUUAGCCGACCCAUUGCAUUUAAUGUCGUGAUGAGAGUAAGAACAUCGACUGGAGUGAGGCCUACCGAUUUUUACGGACACUUUUUUAUGUCCAACACGACGGAUAUGGAACUCGCGAGUAUAGAUUGCGAUAAGGCAGUCGCGAUUGAAAUAAAACACGACGACAAACUCGCCGAGGAAGAAGGAGUUUUUAUACAGGCAGCGCUUUUAUACACAUCUUGUGGAGGAGUUAGAAGGUUGCGUAUUAUCAAUCUUAGUCUGAAAAAUUCCUCGCAAAUGGCUGAACUUUAUCGCGCUUGCGAUUUGGAUGCUAUUGUCAAUUUCUUCUCUAAGCAAAGUAUCUUCAAGUUGUUGGAACAUUCGUCAAAGGUGGUGAAAGAAAACCUGGUUUCGAGAUGUGCAAAUAUGUUAGCGGCCUACAGGAAAAAUUGUGCGGCUCCAAGCAGCGCCGGACAAUUAAUACUUCCUGAGUGUAUGAAGCUUCUGCCGCUUUAUGUCAAUUGUUUAAUGAAGAGUGACGCAAUAUCUGGUGUGAUGUCUCUCAGCCCGAACACGACUUAUGACAUCAUUGACUCGUUUGUUAAUUGGCGAAUCCAGAACCGGAAUUUUAAUACGGUCCGUAUCAAUUUGAACAACAGAAGGGACGCCAAAAACUCCUUGAACCCAUUGAGGAUUGAGGCCCAAUCCCAACCAAAGAAACAUUAUCUUCUAACAAUCGUCAGACAACGAGACAAGCUUGAAAUGGUAUUCAGACACUUCCUUGUCGAGGAUCGAAGCGCCGACGGAAAUGCAAGCUACGUCGACUUCCUCUGUCACAUGCACAAGGAAAUUCGAGCUCUCCUGAGCUAAUGAAUGAGUCAGUCGGUGCAAUUUGUCCAGGGAAAUCGAAACGUCUCUGAUCGCGAAUGAAGCGCAAGAGAAAAUAAAAUCGUAUAUCGCGGGUGAGUGCGUUGAAAGUGAAAAUGUAAUUUGUAAUAACAGAGAUUUACAGAGAAUGAAGAGAGAACGGAUUUGUAGAAAUAAUCGAUAAGUGCUCUGUGAGAAAGUGUCGACGUAUAGUAUGUCAACUUCAAUAUGUCAAGGAAAGCGCGCACAUACAGUGAUUUAUAAACGAUUAACAAUUGUAAACGUCAAACUGUAUUAAUAUUACUACAUAUUAUUUUACUUAGCCCAUUAUUAUAAUAAUAAUAUAUUAUAUAUUACACUAAAUUAAAAAUUACAGGUGUAUCAAUGCAUUAUAACUUUAUGUCUCAAAAUUGUCCGUCUUUUGUCGAUUAGAACAGAUUUUAUAUUUUAUUUUCAAUGACGAGUCUUUUUAUGUGGAGGUUUUUUCUGUAUAUAGUCUCCAUCUCCAACGAGUCUUUAUGACUCUUGAGAGAAACAUUCCGUGCAGAUCGAGUCACAGUUUACUUCGUACGAACACAGUUUUGCCAAAUUGGCGCUUUUGGUUACUAUAGCAUUUUAUAGCUAAUGGAAAAUAUAUCUUUCCGAAAAUUCGCGACUACUAAUUCUUAUUAGCGGUUUCUGAUUAAUAAUAUUAUUAUUAUUGUAUAGUUUUGUUAUAUAUCUCAUUUGCGGAAUAAAUACGUCUCGGUCACGGGGUUCCAGAAACGAA